AACAUUUUAAACCGCACCAAAAAGAGCACUUCUGUUUAUGCUUAGAACAUUCUAUAAAACACGACCAUAAACCCUCGUUCUCUUCAACAAUGAAUCAGCAAACAAUAGGAACGUUAUUUUCUGCUGGAGGACUACUCAAUUCGUCGAGUCUAAUUCUAUUGAAUUUCAGCUUGAUGAAGACGACAUGUCUUAAAUAUAUGGAGUGGCUGUGUCUGCAAGUUUCGGAGCCAAUCUAUUGCAGAUAGCAAAGGACAAAAUUAACUGGUGAAUAAUUAUUUUUUCAUCAAGAAAUAUAUGCUGUCAUCUUCAACAAGCAAAUUCUUGAAUGAUAUGAGAAAAUGUCUGGGAGCAAACGGCCUCCUCGAAGUGAUCAACCUUCAAUUGCAUACAGGCAGAACCAAGUCGAGGGGGCAUCUUUUGACCUUACAAAUUUUGUCCUUGAAGAUCAUGCCUCCUCAAAAUCUAAGAAAAAACAGCAAAGUAGCAUAUAUACUGAACAGAAGUCCCUUCAAAUGCUGAGCACAACAGAGCUUAUCUCAGCAGUGGGGCAGAUAUGGAAUCUUGUAAGUCCUCUUGCUAGUUCUGAAUCAGAGGUAAAAUCCAAUCAUAAUGGUAGUGGCUCGGAGAAAAACGUUAUCUUGGAUGGUCUUGUUGUCAAAGAUGUUGGUGCAGCAGAUUUAAAAGAUGACGAUUGUAGACGUUUCAACAUUGAUGUGAGGACCACUAGUAAUACUACAGCUUUAAUUCAGCCAAAAUUUGAAUUUCUUAAAGUAACUCAGAAGAUGUUAAAUUUAGAACCUUAUAGUGAAAAUUAUAUGCGUCCAUUAUUCUCACAAUUUAUGAAGGGAAAUAACAUAUUGACAAAUGAGUUUCAGAAAGGAAAGGGGCUUGCAAGUGUAGAAAUUUUAUAUGAAUUUGAGAGUAUUUAUGGAUGGAUGAAAGAAACAAUUCCUGCUAACUUACGUUGUCAUAGUGUUACUAGGAAUAAGGAAGAGAAAACUAAUAAAGACUGCGCUUCAGGAAAUGCAUUCAGCCACAGGGAUGGCUGCUUUUCUGGAGAUGCAACUCAUCCUGGAAAUAACAAUGCCUUGAGAAGUGCUGAUUGCUAUUCUGGUUCAGUCAAAUCAAAAGAUGAAUGGUUGGGUGACAAUAUGAAAGUUGCAAUGGAGACAGAGACAAUUAGCUCCCUCUGCUCUGAUUAUUUUCUUCAGCCUCCUCAUGAUAAUAAUGUAAGAGGUAGUUUUUCGAGGGCACUGGGUUCUAGUCUUUACUUGGACCAUCAUAUUGACUUUUUAGCUACACACAAGACUUCAAGUGGAACAUUCCAACAUAACAUUGAUGAUUAUAGAAUAGCUGAAAGCACAAGAAAACCACAUCAAAUGGUUGUUUCUGAGGACAAAAUUCUGCUAGAUAUUCGGUCACCACCAUGUAAACAACCUUGUUAUGCCCUUGCUAAGCAAGAGCAUGCUUAUGCGGGUGCAUUUGCUGGUAUAUUUGUUAGUGUUUGUCUACAUCCUGUUGACACUAUAAAGACAGUUACUCAAUCCUGCCAUGCAGAACAGAAGUCUAUCUGCAACAUUGGGAGGUCAAUUGUUUCUGAAAGAGGUUUAACUGGUUUUUACCGUGGAAUUGCUAGCAAUAUUGCAUCUUCAGCCCCAAUUUCUGCCAUUUAUACUUUCACCUAUGAAUCAGUUAAAGGAUCUUUGCUUCCUCAUUUCUCUAAGGAAUAUCACUCUCUAGCUCAUUGCAUUGCUGGUGGAAGUGCGAGCAUUGCAACUUCGUUUGUUUUUACUCCAAGCGAGCGUAUAAAGCAGCAAAUGCAAAUUGGUUCCCAUUAUCAUAACUGCUGGAAUGCACUGAUUGGAAUUAUUGGAAAAGGUGGUUUACCUUCACUAUAUGCUGGUUGGGGGGCUGUACUCUGUCGAAAUGUUCCACACUCAAUUAUCAAGUUUUACACAUAUGAAAGCUUGAAGCAGUUGAUGUUAUCAUCACAAAAUUCCGAUGCUCAACCCAACACACUUCAAACGUUGGUUUGUGGAGGACUAGCAGGUUCUACUGCUGCUUUAUUCACAACUCCUUUUGAUGUAGUGAAGACGAGACUACAGAUACAGAUCCCUGGUUCUAUGAGCAAAUAUCAGAGUGUGUUUCACGCCCUUAAAGAAAUUGGCAAGAAUGAAGGUUUGAAGGGCCUUUACAGGGGACUAAUUCCAAGAUUGGUUAUCUAUUUGUCUCAAGGAGCACUAUUCUUUGCAUCCUAUGAAUUUUUCAAAAGAUUAUUUACUUUGGAAGUUCCCCAACUUAAUGCUCGAGGGACUCAGUACAAAGAAAGCAUGGAAGAUGAUUCAACUCAUUUGCAAUGGCCAUCAUGAUUAGCAUCACAAGCAUCUUAAUCUGCACUAUCGCCACCACAAAUGGUCAGACAGUUUGCUUUGGAUUACAUAUCAGAACAUUUAUACUGAGACCUUUUCCAGAUGAUGUGCGAUAAAGAAACAAGAUCCGUCCAGCAAUGAGCUGAUAUGGACUUCGUGUCCAGGAGGCCAUUAAUGGAUGCAGUACCUUAAAAUGGGGUGGCAAAAGUUUUGACCCAUUUUCAUUUUUUUUAACCUUUAUCAGGCACCAGCUAUGUAGACAAAAGCAUUCACCAGAGCCCAUUUUGUUGUAUGAUUGAUAUACCUGGUUGAUUCCCAAGAAGUGGUGGAACCAAUUUUUUUGGCAUUGAGGGAUUGUAAACCUCUCCUUGAUAAUUUUCAUUUUAACUAUUUCUGCAACAAGUAUUUCAGAAUUUAAAUGUAUACAUUAUAACAUUUAAUUGUAAUAUGAUGUUUGAUUUAUUUUAAAAUAAAGCGAGAGCCUUUAAUUCCCAA